GAGUGUAAAAUAUUUUCUGUCAGAAAAGUUACGUGUAUUUUUAAACGACAGGGUAAAAAUGAAGUUUUGUUGAUAGUUGUUCCACAAUAACUGAUUUUUUACGUUACGGUUAUAUAUAGGUACUUUGGAUUAUGUUAUCACUAGUCUAGUACAAUUUUAAACCGGACAAACUGGAAUAUAUAUAUAUAUAUAUAGUAGGUGCAGCUACUUCGUUAUGGUGCAAGGUCACGAUUUAGGUAUAAAGUUCAGAGAUGUAAACUUGUCAGAAUUUUCUACGCGAGCAGACAGGGUAUAGGUUUUCCAGUCUGAGAUGACGCUGUUGGCGUUGCCGAAUGUGUGUCAGCACAUGUCUGAAUAAAUAUCCAUGUCAGGGCGUAACAAAGUGGGAUGUUUGAGCAGUCAUGGUGCAGUUCAGCGGCAAAGUUGUACUCGGUCAUGUACACCUACGUAUUAAUUACAUCCUCUGUACCCCCAAACCAUACUUCUUAGCUAACGUACUGCGAUGGACACGUGUACGCCUGUGUAACUAAGUGUAUUUGUUUCAGUAAAUAGUAAGGGUUGGAAAAUUACGGAUGAUGGAUAAAGCAGAUGCUGCAAGUUUGCACACCGAAGGACAGAUUGCCUGUUUGUAACCUGAAGAAGACCAUGAAGCGAAGCCGGCUUCCCAGCAGCAGUGAGGACUCUGACAACGGCAGUCAUUCUACCUCCUGGUCGCAGCAUUCCAAAUCUCAACACAGGAGGAACUCCUGGUCCAGACAUGAAGAUAGAAAACCAUCUGAGGUGUUCAGAACAGAUUUGAUCACUGCUAUGAAGGUGCAUGAUUCCUGCCAGCUGAACCCAGUCGAGUACUACAUCCUGGCAGACCCCUGGAGGCAGGAGUGGGAGAAGGGAGUCCAAGUGCCAGUCAGCCACGAGUCCAUUCCAGUGCCCGUCCUCAGAAGUGUGGCUGAGAAGGACAAGGCAAUCAUGUUUACUAGAUCGAGGAAGUUAAUACGCUCCUCUGGUUCUGAGCCACCGGAACUGGGGUACGUAGACAUCUGUACCCUGGCUGACAGCAUGUGUCGCUACGACCUGAAUGAAACAGACGUAGCCUGGCUGGAGGUCAUCAAUGAAGAAUUCAGGGAAAUGGGUUUGCCAGAAGUGGAUGAACUCACCAUGGAAAGGGUCAUGGAAGAAUUUGAGAGGUGUUGUUAUGACAACAUGAACCACGCCAUGGAGACUGAGGAGGGACUGGGCAUCGAGUACGACGAAGAUGUUGUUUGCGAUGUCUGCCAGUCACCUGAUGGGGAAGACGGGAACGAAAUGGUCUUCUGUGACAAAUGCAACAUUUGUGUACACCAGGCCUGCUACGGUAUCCUCAAAGUGCCUGAAGGCAGCUGGUUGUGUCGCACCUGUGCCCUGGGCGUCCAGCCCAAAUGUUUACUCUGCCCUAAAAAGGGUGGGGCGAUGAAACCGACACCCAGUGGAACAAAGUGGGUUCAUGUCAGCUGUGCAUUGUGGAUACCAGAGGUGAGCAUCGGAAGCCCUGAGAAGAUGGAGCCCAUCACAAAGGUGUCACACAUCCCUAACAGUAGAUGGGCAUUGGUGUGUCGCCUGUGCAAGGAGAAGUCAGGAGCCUGCAUACAGUGCUCUGCGAAGAACUGCCGAACUGCCUUCCACGUGACGUGUGCGUUCCAGUGCUGCUUGGAGAUGAAGACCCUCCUGGCAGAGAACGACGAGGUGAAGUUCAAGUCCUUCUGCCUGAAGCACAGCGACAAGCCGGAGAAGAAGGGGGGCUCGGAGGAGGAGGAAGAGGAAGCCGAGGAUGAGGAGAAGGCAGUGGUGCUGAACCGCAACCAGCAGAGCUUGAGCCAGCGAAAGCAGAAACUGCAGCAGCUGGAGGAGGAGUUCUUCAAGUUCACGAACGCAGGCGAGGUGGCGCAGUCCCUCCGGCUGCCAGAGGAGCAGGUGGACUUCAUGUACCAGUACUGGAAACUCAAGAGGAAGGCCAGCUUCAACAAGCCGCUCAUCACUCCCAAGAGGGAUGAGGCAGACAACCUGGCCAAACAGGAGCAGGACGUGCUGUUCAGGAGGCUGCAGCUCUUCACACACCUCCGGCAGGACCUGGAACGGGUUCGAAAUCUCACGUACAUGGUGACAAGAAGAGAAAAGAUGAAGAGAUCUGUGUGCAGAGUACAGGAGCAGAUCUUCCACCAUCACAUCAAACUGUUGGAGGAGGAUCAGCUUGCAGGCGUACCUUCAUCGGGCCAUUUGGAAGGCGCAUUCCUCUUCAAAUGGCUCACUCCUCUGGAAGAUUCAAAGAAGCAAGCUUUUAAAAGCUUUUAUUUCGGCCAGCCUCCGGGACAUUUUGCAGGAGAGCCCUGGCCGGUCAAAGAGUCUCACAAGGGAGAGAAAGGCAAAGCCUCAAGAGACAUCAGGAAAAGAACGUUGCGGAAGCAGCAGUCAAACGCAGCCAAUGACUACACCGGGAAACCGGACGCCAGCAGCGACAGCAGCAGAAAGGAGCAGGAACCUCAGGGCAGGCUGUCCAAGGCUGGGGCGAAACCAGCUCACCAUGGAGACCAACCAAAUGUUCUGCUAACGCUGGAGCACAAAAAAGUAGAACGGGGCCUACGAAGCGAGGAGAACAAACAUGGGCUGCGACAACGAGCCUCCUCCAAGCCCAACCAGAAGCCUCUGAAACCCACAGAGGAGAUGGCACUGAGGCAGUCCGACAUCAAAAGGGCACCGGCACACCCCAGCAGCAGAGCGCUGACCCGCCAGCUGUCUGGGGAAGCAGUGCCUAAAUGCAACGGUUCUCUGAGGAAAGCCAACAGCAACCAAACCGCCGCUCCAGUGCCAACCUCACCGCCCAGCCCCAUGAAAAACUGGGGAGGCUUCAAAAUCCCAAAGAAAGGGGAGAAGCUCCAGCAUGGCGAGGGGCAGCCAGAGGCCUGCCAGAGGAAAUCGCCCUCCGCAGACCUGGGCCUUGGUAGGGAUUCUCCUAAAGGCAAAGCCAAAGCUCGUCUAAAGAAAGAGACUGAAAACGAUGGCUACGCCCCUGACGCGGAGCUCAGUGACUCCGAGACGGAGGCAAAAGAAAAAGUGUGUCGGCCACAGCGUCUCAGUGCGAGCGCCUCCCUUAACAGGCGGUACGGGACAGACAUCAUCCGGAGGAGCAUCAUGGCUUCUUGAGGGGUGUACUGGGUCACUAACUGAGGCAUUACUGAGUUGGUCACUUGAACUACUUGCCUAAAUUUAAAAAGCUUUUUUUUAAAAUAAAUGUGGAAGUAUACACUUAAAAGAUUCCAUCACUGUGCAGGUACUUUAACCGUUUACUCAUCUCAAAGCACUUAUUUUUAAAAGCUUGUUAAUUCUUAAUUAAAGUUCAGGUUGCUUUUUGACCUUUGGUUAAACUGAAGGUAUUGAGUCGGACCUGAUUGAAACAUACAAGUUUAUUUACACAUGCACCCCCCCCAUUCAGAGAAACACUACACUUCUUUUCUUUUAAAAUUGAAGCUGAGCUUGAUAGACUUGGUGAAACUACUGGGUCUGUGAGCCAUAGCACUGUCUUUAAAGUGGAUUAUUUUUGUUAAAGAAAAAAAACCAAGCACAAGUUCUUAAAAAAUAAUAAAAAAAACCUUGAAAAUGACAAUAUGGUAAAUGAUUACCGUUAUGCACUGCAGCGCCAAUUAUGUUGAUUUUGUCAACUUUGGUAGUUGCUCCCAUGGCAUUGUUUGCCAUGUUUUGUUUGCGGAAAGUGAUCUUUAUAAUUAAAGCUUACUUCAUUUGACAAUUUUUAGCCGUAGGUAAAGAAGACUUUAUUUUUUUAAAGGGAGGUGGGGGUAAUCCUCGUUAUCCCCUUGUCUUUUCUCAGAGGUCUUUAUUUCGCUCUGCAGUGAUCCCUACUAGGAAGGGUAUGACUGGAGCAGCAGUCAGUAUCAGCCUAGCUAACCCUUUUUGUAUAGAAAGAUCUGCACUAAUGUCAAGGGCCACCAGGGCAGAUCUGUAUGAAACACAUUGAAACAAAGGUAUUGCUUGGAACAUAUUUGUUUUUACAGUGAUAACGAAUAUAUUUAAAAGGAAAAAAAUAAGUGCUGAUCCACUGCCGGAUGCAAAUAAUUCAACACAUGAUUUGUAACAAACAGUAGGAAACUCCUUUUUUCUGGAAAGGCUAAGCAGAGGCUUAAAAUAAGCAUGGCGCAUUUUAAUAAAUAAUACAGCUAAAUCUCCACUUAGUAGAGGCACGGCAGCUGAAUCAUUUGCAUCUGGUAGUUAAUUGUGACCCUGACUUGAAUGACACAUGUACAAUACAAUGUGUUAUUCAUAUACUUUGAGCUUUUGCCAAAUACAGCCCCUCUAUCAUAAAAAAAUGUUUGUGAUUUAUCUACAAUAAGCAAUAAUAAUUGAUUGGGCUAUCAGCAAUAAGUCUUUUUGAGAAGACUAUUACAGUGUUAUAUUAAAAAGGUGUAUUCGAAAGCAUUUUUGAAUCAGAAAUGUCAGGAAAGAAAAUAUGCAUUAGACAAACGAGCAGUCUAGUCGGUGUCUUUCGUGUUCUUAUGCAUACAAAGUAAGUUGUAAAAGAAAAUUACAAUUUGCUCAUCAGUUGCAAAAAAAAAAGUUAAACAAAAUUUUAAAAGUUCAAAUCAUUGCUUCUGUUCUACACAUGCAAAAAUGUGUGUGUUACUUUAAUUUACAUUCAAGUGUUUAGGUAAGAGCCAUAUUUUCCCAUAGUCUUGAUUCUAAACUUAACUGGCAGAGAUGGUUACAAAUGCACAGAAUUGUAAUGAUGUUUGAGAUAUGUCUGUAUUUUCAGUGUCAUACCUUACUUGAUCAUGAUACAAUAGAUCAAUGUACAAGUGGAAAUCCCCUUUUAAUAACAUUUCACAAAGUACUUUUUACCUUUUAAAAAUCUACAGUACUGUGCUGAAUUUGUACAGCAGCUUUAAUGUGUUCAUCGCAACCAAAGUCAUAGUAGUUUAGGCUAAUUAAGCUUCUGUAAAAGUUGCUUUGGCAUGCGUGGUAGAAAAAGGGUAAUUUAAGGGAUAUGCGUUGUACAUGUGACUGGCUGUAGCUGUGUUAAACUGUGCAUACUGUACUUUACAGCAAACACUUGUACAGACACGUCUCUCACUUUGUGCCUAGCUUUGUGUCCAUCCAAGUUCAAUAUGCAAAUAGAUGCAUAACACAUACAAACAGGGCAGAAAAAAAAAGAUUUAUACAUUGAAAGCUAUUUUAUAUAACUUGGCCCUUUUGCUGUAUUUUUUCUUUCCUUUUGAAGGUAUUUAUAAAAGUAGUCAAGGACAACUGAUUUUUUUUUGUUUAUGAAUGUAAAUAUAGAGGAAUUGUGCCUUUUUGUCUGUUUGUGAAUAAACUGCUGUACAAUUUGCAAUACAUAAAGGUGGUCAUGUUUUUGUAGGUUCCUAACUGGUAGCUUUUUAACUGUACUGGGAGUUUGUGUGUGUUGAGGAGGAGGAGGAGGAGGAGGAGGAGAAGAGGGUUGUCUACAGUACAGAUUUCUGUUCCUCAAAAAUAUUUUUUUAUUGGAGCACCACUGGUUAUGCUUUCAAUUAUUUUUUAUUUUGGGUUCAACCAGUUAGCAAACUGAUGCAUGUUACAGCAAUUUACUUUUUUUAGAUUUGUGGUCAGUAAUUUAGGAUGCAAGUUUAUAUUGUAGUACAAUUAAAAAAUAAUGACCUUUGUGUGUAACUGUUAGCCAUCAUCAGCUAUACUGUAUACAGUAUGUUGCAUUGUGUGCCUGUUGUAAAUGGUUGCAUAAUCUCAUUUAAUAAUUUAGAAAAUACAGAACAAACUAUUUGUAUUUUGAUAUUUGUUUCUACCAACAGCUGCUAAAUAAAGUCCCAACAAAGUUUGUGUCAG